AUGGACUCGAUCGAGAGUGGGUGGAAAAAAUACAUAGGAGGGUCGGAACCGAGUUUAGUUGACCAGAUUCACACUUGCCGGCAUGAGAUCUCUACCUGGAGAAAGAAUAACCAACCAUAUGGAAAAACAAAAAUCGCGGAUCUACAACAAGCGUUAGCGGAAGCACAAGACGAUGAUACACGUACCCAGGAUGAAUUGUCCGCUAUUACGAAUAAGCUAAAGGAAGCACAUAGGGAUGAGGAGGAAUAUUGGAAACAAAAAAGUAGGAACAUGUGGUUAAAGGACGGAGAUCUAAAUACGAAAUUUUUCCACGCCUCCACCAAACAACGGCGAGCGAUAAAUCGGAUUGUGGGACUCCAUAACGAGGCUAAUGUCUGGGUGGCGGGAGAAAAAGAGAUAGAGACUGUAGCGGUAAACUAUUUUGAUAGUCUAUUCACGUCCAAUUUACCGGUGGACUUUACGGGAGUCCUAGAAAAUGUUUCGGAGCGGAUUACUAUAACGGAGAAUGAAGUUUUAACGCGUCGUGCGACAGAAGCAGAAGUGCGGGAGGCUUUAUUUAUGAUGCAUCCAGAGAAAGCGCCAGGACCGGACGGAAUUACGGCUUUGUUUUUUCAACGUUCUUGGCAUAUAGUUAAGGAGGAUGUUCUCACCAUGGUUAACGAUUUUCUCACAUCUGGCAGUUUUGAUGAAAGAUUGAACAUGACCAAUAUUUGCCUAAUACCAAAGACAUCACGGCCCACUAGGAUGACAGAAUUGAGACCCAUUAGUCUUUGUAAUGUGGGUUACAAGAUUAUCUCAAAAGUCCUUUGUCAGAGACUUAAAGUGCUACUACCAAGAUUGAUAUCAGAGACUCAGUCUGCUUUUGUUCCCGGUCGACUGAUUUCGGAUAACAUUUUGAUAGUCCAGGAGAUGUUCCAUGGAUUGCGGACAAACAAAUCUUGCAAAGGAAAGUUUAUGGCGGUAAAGACGGAUAUGAGUAAGGCUUAUGACCGAGUGGAAUGGCCUUUUGUGGAAGCCCUAAUGAGGAAGAUGGGCUUUGCAGAACAAUGGAUUGUGUGGAUGAUGCGGUGCAUCACAUCAGUAAAGUAUAAGGUAUUAAUUAAUGGCCAACCAAGAGGUCAAAUCACACCUCAUAGAGGACUCCGACAAGGAGACCCCCUAUCUCCGUAUUUAUUCAUUUUAUGCGCGGAAAUAUUAAUAACAAAUCUGAAGAAAGCGGAAGAAAUGAAGAGGAUUACUGGGUUGAAGGUAGCCCGGGCAAGCCCAGCGGUUUCCCAUCUGCUGUUUGCAGAUGAUAGUCUUUUUUUCUGUAGAGCUACUAGUGAAGAGAGCCGGGUACUGUUACAGAUUCUAAAGGAAUAUGAGGUUACAUCGGGACAACAAAUAAACUUUGCAAAAUCCUCGGUACAAUUUGGACAUACGGUGGAUACGGGAGUACGUGCCGAGAUUCAUCAAAUUUUGGGGAUAGGCAACGUCGGUGGGAUGGGACAAUAUCUUGGAAUACCAGAGAGUAUGGGGGGAGCUAAAACGAAGAUCUUUAGCUUCCUGAUUGACAGACAGCACAAACGGAUUAAUGGAUGGAACUCAAAGUGGUUGUCAAAAGGGGGAAAGAGUGCGGUGUCAAAUUUUUGGUGGAGUAGUACGGGGCAGACACGAGGAAUGCAUUGGCUGGCCUGGAAAAAACUCUGUCGACAUAAAAACGAUGGAGGUCUGGGUUUCCGAGUGAUUGAGGAUUUUAAUACCGCCUUGUUGGCGAAACAGCUGUGGCGCCUGAUGGAUAACCCGGAUUCUUUAUUUUCACGCGUUUUCAAGGGACGGUAUUAUAGGAAUACAACUCCUUUGGAACCCAUUAAAUCAUACUCGCCUUCCUAUGGCUGGCAGAGUAUUAUCUCGGCUCGACCUCUGGUAAACAAAGGGCUUAUUAAAAGGGUUGGUUCUGGAACCUCUAUAUUAGUCUGGGGGGAUCCAUGGAUUCCAGCUUCUCGCCCGAGGCCAGCCAUGGGAAACGGGGUUCAUUUUUACCCUCAUCUUCGGCCCGUAACGACAAGGUUUUUUCUAAUGAUGAUUGGGAUCCCAAUGAUACCAUUAACCUGGCGGCACGGAGACAUUGCAUGGGCCAAGGCCCAGGAAAAACGAGGGGGUGUGCCCCUGCAAGUAGGGCCAUCAGUAGAUACCCUGUUUCAGGGUGAUAUAUGUCAGGUGGAUGGAUCGUGGAAAGCUACAGAACCCCGGGCGGGGCUGGGAUGGUAUAAUUAUAAUACCAACACAGGAGAAAAACUUUUGGGCACCUGCAACUUAAGGCGUGGACUCUCGCCCCUGCAAGCAGAGGUUGAGGCGCUAUAUGGGCUAUGCAGUGCAUGCUACGGCAAGGGAAACAAGUAA